AUGGCCAACAAUGAAGCUGUUCGCUUAGCACUUGAGAAAGCAGCUCUACGUGCCCAGAGGCACGCAGAGCUGGAUGCAGCAAUUGCUGUGAUGGAACGACUGCUAAAUAUUGACCUACUUUCUCUGGAGUUGGAUGCAGACAAUCUGUCCAAGCCUGCAGCUGCUUCGAGUGUGAUGCCAAAGCCUGGUUCCGGAGGACAUUCGACAGCUGCGGGCAAUCCUGGCAAGUCAGAUGCCGUGUCCAGGACCUAUGAAUUCACCACGCCCCAGGACAAAAUUCGUAGGACCCAGUCUGGGCCAUCAGUUCAGCAGCAAUCUCAUGAGAAGACAAGCAUGCCAUCAAAUCACCGGAGACCAGUAGGAAGAGCAGGGAGAACCAAGAAACACAAAAAACAUGUGAAAAGACAGAUGAAGGCAGACGGUCAGAAGGAAGCUACUGGGAAGACUGCACCAAAUGCCCCAGCAGCACAGCCUGGCAAUUCCAACGUGCCCCAGACCGCAGAGACUGGUAAUCCCCCUGAUGGUGGUGCAACCACUGUGGCCAAACCCGCAGAGACUGCUUUGCCUGAAACUGGUGCACCCAAGAAUCCACGAAAGACUGCUGCCAAGUCAAUGGCAGUCCCAGUAAAGACUGAGGGUGAUGAUGGGGAAGAUACAGAAAGUGAUGCAGAUGAUGAAACCAAGGAGGAACCUGCAGAAACACCUGGCCCGCCAAGUGCAGUCAGGGAGAGGCAUGUUGCAACAGCCGCCACUGAGAACCUCAGACGACCAGCCACACAGCAGCAGCUGGCAGCAACACCCCAGCCUGCCCCAGAUGCCUCAAACCCAGAUCCCUCGCAAGCCAACCCGGCCAAUGCACCUGGCCCUGAAGUCACUCCCGAAACUAGUGGAGGUCGUAAGAAGAGACGAGAGAAAACAGCGCAAGAGAAAGCAAACCAUGCCCGAUAUGUGAAGUUCAGCCGCCACAUCAAGAAUCAUUCCCCUCUAGAGAUCCAAAAAGCCCACAAGAAGGCCAAGUAUUGUACCUUGGCCUUUCUAGGCAGCAGCAAAUUGCAAGUCCUUCUGGAGGAGUGGGUUGCUACCAAUGGCGAUUGGAAAAAAUCGAAACUUUACCAGAAUAUGAAGGUGAAGUCUUCUGAGCGACGCCAUGGGGCACGAGUUUGGCUUACAAAGCAUCAGUUGACGAUGAAGUAUGGAUCAGAACAGAUCGCGAACGAGAUCAUCAAGGCGAAGAGAGACGACCCGCAGAUCUUUGAAGAGCAGUCCAAACCACACCCAGACGCGCCGCAGUCUGAGGAGCUCAGACUGUGGCUCGUCUGGGACUCGGAAGGAAUCAGUGAAUUUGAAGAUCGGGCUUUGGAAGAAAUUUACCAAAGCAUUGAUGACAGUGACUCGGAAGAUGAAGAUUCAGAUGACAGACGCAAGUCAAAGAAGAAGCGGGGCAAGGACAAGAAGCGAAAGCGACAUUCCUCAAGCGAUGAAAAGUCUGCAAAGAAGAAAAAGAAGAAGUCAAAGGGAAAGAAGGCUGCAAAGAAAGAGACAAAGGAAAAGAAGGAAAACCGCUUGCAGAAGGAAAAGGAGAAACACGAAAAAGAUGAGUUGAGAGAAAAGGAGAAGAAAGAAAAAGAACAGAUUGGAAAGGCCAAGAAGGUGCUCAACAGGAUCAAUGACAGGGUGUCCCAUGCCUCGAAGAGGGCAAAGAUGGUUGAAGAGAUGUCGGGAACCUUGGAACAGAUGAUGCAGCCGGUGGCAUUGCGCAAGGCGAUUGAGAAUGAGUUGAAGACGCUUCGCAAGGACUUGAUCACACAGCGUGAUGAGCUCCAGUGUAAGAUCGACACACAGUGUGUUGAUGGGUUGCACACGCUGGUGGAAGAUGCUGAGCAGCUUGGCUCGACUGCUGGAAAACAGAUGCGCUCGCUCAAGGCCCACUUCACUGAUACAAAACAGGGGGUGUCCCACGACCUGACCAAGAAACUUGGUGGGAUGUCUGGCAAGAACAACUCCCGGGAUUGGUGGAGAACCCUGAAGAAAGGACCAGUGGCCCUGGGCACAAUGCCCCUGGGCAUAUACGGGGACAGUGCUCGUGUCAGCACAAAGUUUGGGAGCACCAACCUUGUCGGUGUGUACGGGGAGGCUCUACCAAGUCGCUUGCAGGCACUCGCAGGCAAAAAGUUCCUCUAUCCAUGCAAAUUGGUUGAGAUCAGAGGUGACUGGCAGUGGCAUAAGCGCAUUUGGCGCUUCUUCCAGUGCAGCUGGAACAGCCAUAAAAUGUGCUACAUGUGCCAAGCUAUGGCAGUGUCUGAUGACCCAGCAGAUCUGUACUGGAGGUAUGAGAACAACAACUGGGAGACACAGUUUUCCUUGGAAGAUUUCAUAGCUGAACGUAUGCCACCAACGGGGAUUUGUCCCUUGCUUGGGCUUCGCCAUUUCCAUCCCAGCAUGAUCCGUUGGUGCAUGAUGCACGUGAUUCAUCUGGGGAAUCUUCUACUUCGCUUUGGCGUCUUUGGCAACGAUGCAGUCUCAGUGAAUGUGAAGCUUGCCAGGGCAUACAACAGAUUUCGCAGAUGGACUGCCCAGAACAAGAUCGAAUGCUCUCAGCCUCCUUUCACUGAAAAGAUGAAGAAUAGUGACAUCUUGCUCACGGCGAAAGCCUACAAUGGACGGGUGAUUUUGCAAUGGCUUUGCGAAGAAGUGCAUGCGGCGAGCUUGCAAGAGGGUGCUGAAGCAUUUGAUCCGCGUUUCAAAUUGAUUUCUGCAGCAAUGAUGCAUAUGGCCAGAUUCCUUGGUGGAUUGGAGCGAGCUGGCCGCUAUCUGACUUUGGAUGAAUCCCUUACCAUUUUUGAAGAUGGCUACCGCUUUUUGAAGAUCUACAAGGGUCUCACAUUCAUGUCACUGAGGCUUGGUCUACAAGAACGGUUCUUACGUCCCAAAUGCCAUGCGAUGUGGCAUUUGCUGGUCUCCAUUCGAGACUGCAGAUCCAAUCCGCGACUGUACCACGGAUUCGUGGAUGAGGAUCUGGUCAUCGCAUCUGAAGAUCAAACA